AUGACUGUUGACAAAUCAUCGAUAGCGGUGAGCGAUUCAUCGAUGAAAAUCGUCGAUCCAGAGCAGAAAGACUAUCAUCCUGGUAAAGAAAAAGGUCUUGGUUGGUUCAUCACUGGACUGUUCGUCAUCGGCGACAUCGCUGGUGGUGGCAUUAUCGCACUACCCGCUGCACUCAUACAAAUGGGUAAGGCGCCGCCGCCCGUUGUUUGUGUAUGA